UUGUAUUGUUUGGUGAGGGGGAGGAAAUCAAACCAGCUCGGACACUAUUAUAUUUUAUUAUUUCAUUUCUAGGACAAAUAUGUCCUUGAUGUGUUUUUAUGAACCAAACGUUGCACGUGAAGUUUGUACUUCAGUGUGUGUGAAGGAGCCGGACCACAGCAGCUCGUGAGGACGCGCGCUGCCUCAUUGGCACAUGUCCCGGCGGGGUGGAGCGUAGCGGGGCCGCCUCUUGUUUUGCGGUCUUGUUUUGUCAGCCUCACAACAGAGCAGCUGCAGCGGCCGUCCGGAGAGCAGCAGCCCGACACCAGCCGGUCAACGAGUCACUGGACGUUAUUAUUCCCGGUUGGAUCACGGGAGCAGGGCGCAGCCAGGAGCCGGAGGGGUGAAUCUUUCUGUGCGCAGCUUCCACAGGGAGUGUUUGAUCCUGAGCAGAGGAUACAGAGGGCUGCUGCUGCUGCUGCUGUGGGCUGCUGAAGGUUGAGAUCACCGUUGUCCUUCUCAGCGCUGACACCGUCCACUGUGUCCCGAAGGAGCAUUUUAACUGUGGAGCUUCUUCGUGGCCAAAUGGAUGUGAGUGCGUGAGGAGAAUACUAAUGAACGGCGCGCUGCGUCCUGCCGAGGCGCACCGCGUCCCCCGCUGCUGCUGAGGGCCACAGCAGAGCCGAUCAGUCAUCCAGAGCGCACCGGGGCCUGCGCACCACCUCAGCCUCUGCACGGGAGUUAAUGAGCGGGGUCUGAGCACCGGAGCUGUUUUAUUUCCGAAACCAGGAGGUGGAUAAAAAAAACCUGCAGCAGCUGCAGAAAGGAAAAAAUGGGCAACAGCUUCUCCAACAUCUCUGCCUUCCAGUCCCUGCACAUCGUCAUGCUGGGUCUGGACUCUGCUGGGAAGACCACAGUUCUGUACAGACUCAAAUUUAACGAGUUUGUCAACACGGUCCCGACGAUCGGCUUCAACACGGAGAAGAUCAAGCUGAGUAACGGCACCGCGAAGGGCAUCAGCUGUCAUUUCUGGGACGUGGGAGGCCAGGAGAAGCUGAGGCCGCUGUGGAAGUCCUACAGCCGGUGCACCGAUGGGAUCAUAUACGUGGUGGACUCUGUGGACGUUGACAGGCUGGAGGAGGCCAAGACUGAGCUGCACAAAGUCACCAAGUUUGCGGAGAACCAGGGCACGCCGCUGCUGGUCAUCGCCAACAAGCAGGACCUGCCCAAAUCUCUGCCGGUGGCGGAUAUAGAGAAGCAGCUGGCUCUGCACGAGCUCACCCCCUCCACCACCUAUCACAUCCAACCUGCGUGCGCUAUAAUAGGUGAGGGGCUCCACGAGGGCAUGGACAAACUGUAUGAAAUGAUCCUGAAGAGGAGGAAAUCCCUAAAGCAGAAGAAGAAGCGGUAACAGUAAGAGCAGCUGGCUCUGUGGACAGUGUUUUAAUGAACUGGAAGGAAUCCGGGUUCUGCCAGUGUUGCCCUGAACACCUUUACUUUGCAGUGAUUUUAUUCUCCUCAGUUUGGAUUAAAGCUGUUUGACGCUGUGAAGCUCUGCUGAAUGAUGCCUCUGCACACAGGAGGCUGCAGGAUAUACAACACACAAUAACCAAAAAGACACAUUUUAGAGAAGAAACUUGAAAUGACUCUUCAGAUCUACAGCAUGGAGGAAGAGAAACGGGCUGGCCCGUUCAUCUGCUGCUUUAUAUCCUUGACUCUGAACACAGUUUGACUCUGAAGAAGAAGCUCACUGAGGACUUUUAUAGCAUCAUAGUUUUUAUUUCCACCCACAGGAGGUCUGCUGUGGGGACACGUUUGAUUUUGCACGUGGCUCGGGUCACUUGUGCCCCCUGCUCUUUAUUAUUUUUUUCCUUUUGGAGAUCAGACAUCUGUAGUUUGAGUCUGGAUGUCACGCUGACUGUUUCUUUGGGAGCAUUGAAGUAGCCUUUCCUCUGUGUGGUGGACUGGAGGAGGACACAGCGUCCACUACUUUGCACUUUUCAUUUCCUAACAGACAGUAGAGAACUACACUGUAUUCAUAGAGGAGCAGAUCCAGGUGGUUUAUGUACUAAGAAGCCAAAAUUGAAGUAUUUUUUGAAUAUUAAAAGAUUUAAAAUCCAUGAUUUGGGUGGCUGUUGUUCAUUCACAUGAUGUGGUCGAAGGAGUGGUGCUGUGAGAUAAUACAAAC